AAGAAUAUGAAAGUUUUUUGAUAACAACAUCGGCUACCACGUCACGCAGGCAGUUGUCACAUCGCGAUAUUUUUGUGACUCAAGGGUGUGUGCAUUCUUUAUGUGUGUUGUUCUACUUAUGUGGAUUAUUAGGUGAUAUUCUUCCUUUUACCGGAUUGUGAUCCCAAACCGCCAACAUGCCGAAAUCGAUGAACGUCCGUGUGACGACGAUGGACGCGGAGCUGGAGUUCGCGAUCCAGCAGACGACGACUGGCAAACAGCUGUUUGACCAGGUCGUCAAGACCAUCGGCCUGCGAGAGGUCUGGUUCUUCGGCCUCCAGUACACCGACUCCAAAGGCGAUCUCACCUGGAUCAAACUCUACAAAAAGGUGAUGCAACAAGACGUAAAGAAAGAAAACCCGCUGCAGUUCAAGUUCCGCGCCAAAUUCUACCCCGAGGAUGUCGCCGAUGAACUUAUACAGGAGAUCACACUCAAACUGUUCUACCUUCAAGUCAAAAACGCGAUCCUAUCGGACGAGAUAUACUGCCCGCCGGAGACGUCAGUGCUGCUGGCCUCGUACGCGGUGCAGGCGCGGCAUGGUGACCACAACCCUUCUGUCCACGGCCCCGGCUUCCUCGCCAACGACCGUCUGCUGCCACAGCGAGUCACUGACCAGCACAAGAUGUCCCGCGAGGAGUGGGAGCAGAGCAUCACAAACUGGUGGCAGGAGCACCGCGGCAUGCUGCGCGAGGACGCCAUGAUGGAGUACCUGAAGAUCGCGCAGGACCUCGAGAUGUACGGCGUCAACUACUUCGAGAUCCGCAACAAGAAGAACACUGAGCUGUGGCUCGGAGUCGACGCGUUAGGACUUAAUAUCUACGAGAAGGAUGACAAACUGACUCCAAAAAUCGGGUUCCCGUGGUCAGAGAUCCGCAACAUAUCGUUUAACGACCGCAAGUUCAUCAUCAAGCCGAUCGACAAGAAGGCGCCGGACUUCGUGUUCUUCGCGCCGCGCGUCCGCGUCAACAAGCGCAUCCUGGCGCUGUGCAUGGGCAACCACGAGCUGUACAUGCGCCGCCGCAAGCCCGACACCAUCGACGUGCAGCAGAUGAAGGCGCAGGCCCGCGAGGAGAAGCUCGCCAAGCAGGCACAGAGAGAAAAGCUCCAACUGGAGAUCGCAGCCCGCGAACGCGCGGAGAAAAAGCAGCAAGAGUACGAGGACCGUCUCCGGCAGAUGCAGGAGGAGAUGGAGCGGUCGCAGGCCAACCUGCUGGAGGCGCAGGACAUGAUCCGCCGCCUGGAGGAGCAGCUGCGCCAGCUGCAAGCCGCCAAGGACGAGCUGGAGCAGCGCCAGAACGAGCUGCAGGCCAUGAUGCAGCGCCUUGAGGAGACUAAGAACAUGGAAGCAGCAGAACGCCAGAAGCUGGAGGACGAGAUCCGCGAGAAGCAGGAGGAGGUGUCGCGCAUCCAGCAGGAGGUGGAGAUCAAGGAUGAGGAGACGCGCCGGCUGCAGGAGGAGGUCGAGGAGGCCAGGCGCAAGCAGGACGAGGCAGCGGCAGCCCUGGCGGCGGCGACGACGCCGUCGCACCACCACGUGGCGGAGCGCGGCGCCGACGCGCGCGCGGACGCGGGCGACGGCGACGCGGCGUCCGACACCAACAGCGACGCGGGCGGCGGCGACCUGGCGCGCGGGCCCGACGACCUGGUGGACCCCGUCGCCGACCGCCGCACGCUCGCCGAGCGCAACGAGCGUCUGCACAACCAGCUCAAGGCGCUAAAGCAAGACUUAGCGCAGUCACGCGACGAGACGAAGGAGACGGCCAUGGACAAGAUUCACCGCGAGAACGUCCGCCAGGGACGCGACAAAUACAAGACUCUGCGCGAGAUCCGCAAGGGCAACACCAAGCGCCGCGUCGACCAGUUCGAGAACAUGUAGACGAUGAUGACAUGAGAGAUGUGCGGCCCGGCCCGACUCCACCAUCAGACAUUCCGCUCAGCCCCGGGCCGCGGCCGGUACAGAUAUAUGUAUAUGUUGAUGAUCGAACGAUAUUUUUAUAUAAUUUUAUACACCGUCCAGGCAAUAUGUACCUUUUGCCGUCGUCAGAGAUUGUCAACGUUAAGGGUCAAAUGAUUCAGCGGUGCUUACAUAACGUGGGUACGAACACUCGCGCUUGUCGGGCGUCGUAGUCGAAACUAACUGUAAAUAUUGAUUAUUAUUACUUAUUAGUAAUUUUAUUUUAGACCGUUGUGCUAUAACCUAAUAUGUGAACAUCCUAGAAUCACUUGCUACAGCGAUGUAUGUUUACGAUAGCCAGAUAAAUCAUAAAAUCAAAGCACACAGAAUUGUUUUUAUUAAUAAUAAUAAUCAUUUUUGAAAAUAAUUUGGAUUUUAUUCAUCGGAAUGUAUCGUGAGGCGCGAGUCGCAGAUGUGUGCUGCGGCUUAUAUUUUAUUUGUGGUAGUUGAUUCGGUUAUUAUAAUUUGUCUGUUGAUUAUUUUAGUGUUUGGCGGAUGUGUGUGUGUAGGUGUGGACAGACGGGAGCCUGGCUUGCCGCUCUCCACUCGGGACGGUGCUGGGCUGCUGUGCAGUGCUCUGCACACUGUGCAGGCUGCACAGCAGUGCUCAGCAGGCGACGCACUGCGACAAACAUUGUUCAUACAUAACCGAACGAGUUUUGCUCAAAAAACGAUAACAAUGUCCGAAGUGUCUUGUCCUAACGAGUAGCGGUGAAAGGGAGGGGGCGACGCCCCUUAUUUAUUUUUAUAAUCAUUUAUAAUCUAGAUGUAGGAGUUAGAGCUGCAAGUGUAAUUAUUAUUUCCAGUUCAGUUUCAACGGUUCUCCUGAUAUUAUGUUUAGCUCGGGCAGUGCUCGCGACAAGUACUGAUGUCAAGCCGGGACGUCUCGGCGCUGUGUCGGCCUUAGAAACUGUUCCACUUGUUUCUUGAACAAAAUUUGAAAUAGAUACUAAAAUGUAUGCUUGUAGGGAGUAUAUAAUGUUAAGUGAAUAGAAGGCAUUCCAUAAGUUACAAUGCGGUGGCGUCGACUUGGUUUUUAUGAAAAUUAAAAUGUUAUGAAAAUAUAAUUGUUCGUGUUUUGUUUAAUAUAAGUGCCAUCCGUCACAUGUCCACUCCGAGGCCGGUCGCGGCCAAGGCACCAGUAUUCCGAUAUUUUCUUGUCAUUAUUUUCUUAAAAUUUUACAAUACCACGUUGCCUUGGAUUUAAUAUAAAUUUUUUUCCAAUAAAAUAUUUAAGUAAAUAAA